AUGCUUUCUAGUGGUUUGAAAUCGUGUACCCUUACAGACCCGUUAUAUAGGUACCCUCAAUUGCGUUCAUUUGUAAUGCCACCACACGCUGCCAUGUCGACCACAAACCAAGUGAUGCGCACUACGAUCCAGCUCUAUCGUGAUACCCUCCGUCUUGCCAAGCACAUUGGCGGUAACAGCAAGAAAGGACAGGCCAUUAAGCAACUGGUACGAAAAGAGUUUGAAAAGGGUCGUAGCGAAACGGACCCGGAGAAGAUUGAAGCACUGAAGGCCAAUGCUGUCCGCGGACUAAGUAACUAUCUAGUACUGGCUAAUUCUAGCAAAGACAAACGGCUACACGAUGCGAUGAACACGAAGACGACGUCCAAGGUCGACGAUUAUCCCAUGCAGGCUGAGUUUCGAGACCUGUGA